AUGCGUGUGUGGGCGCGAGCGGUGUUAGGCAUGCGAGUGUGUUGUGUUACUGUGCUAGCGGCGCUGGCGCUGCGCACCGCUGCAGAACCAGCGCCGCGACGCUUCCCCACCGAGUGGCGAGCCGGACGCGAACUACAGAUCCGAUCACGACCACUCCAAGAAAUCUUCGAACCGGACUCUGGCACCGAAACAGAAACUUAUACGUCACAGCAUGAGAUGCACAAGGAUCGACGCAGGAUGCGCAACAAUAAACGUGCGCUACACAUCCCCGCGGAACUGGCCAGCCAAAUGAUGCUGCGGGCUUCGCGAUCCGGCCGCCCCUAUGAUGUUCCACAAAUUGAAUGCCCACCGGCUGCGGAUGGAAUGGAAAGAUUCGCAUGUCCCACUCCUGAUCGCCAGGGACGCUAUAGAUGCAUUGACGACCAUGUUCUAUGCGACGGCUUCAUAGACUGCCCCAACGGGGAAGACGAAGACCGACAAGCGUGCAUGUUCUAUAAAACGACAAAAGCCCACUUGGAUGUCCUGGCCGAUGCGCUUUUGCGGUGGGCGCGCGGUCGCUAA